AUAGGCUUUAUUCUGUGUCACUGUUUUCAUUUCAAAUUUUGACAGAAUUGAGUAAAUUGUUAUCGUUGCGUAGCGGUAUGAAUUCAAAAUUGCCAGUUACGAUCCUUCAAGAAUUAAGUGUAGCCCAAAGAUGGGCACCACCCGAAUAUACGCUACUUGACGAGAAAAAGGGAACCUCUAAUACUAACGAGUUUCAUUACCAGGUUAAUGCGAAUGGGCAACAGGCCGUCGGCGUUGGAAGAUCGAAAAAAGAAGCGAAACACAAUGCCGCUAGUGCGCUAUUGGAUAAAUUACCCAAAAGAGCAAGGGAUGAUCCAGUCCAAUCCGAUGUGGCUCCAAAGAAAGUUAAAAUACACAAUUAUACCUCCGACUUGUUGAACACUUGUCUCAAAAAGAAAUUGCCCCCUCCCACAUUUACACAGGUAGCAGAAACUGGUCCUGCACACUGCAAGGAGUUUAUUUGUGAAUGCAAAGUCACUUCUAUAACCACAUCGGGCACGGGACAUUCUAAAAAGGAAGCGCAGCACUUUUCUGCAAAGGAAAUGAUGGACAGAAUAACAAACACACUAUCUGAGUCUUCUACUGCAGCGUUAUCAAAACCUGAACCUGACUCGUCUGCCAAGUCUCCAGAUGGAGUUAAAGAUGAGGUCGAUACGAAACUCGAAGCAUCCUCGCCUGUGAUAGAAAAUGAAACGGAAGCCAAGGUAAAAGUAAAAGCACCAGAUUCGUCAUUAAGUACUGCAGCUGAAGAAGCUCCUCAAUCGGAAAACGCUGUUAGUGCAAUCGAAAAGGUGUGUUCAGACCUAUGCAAGGACCUCGACAAGGGAGAAUCUUGAGUGUUAAUUAUAUCGUCGCAUCCACAAAUGAAGAGUAACAUUCAUUUAACUGGUACCGCGUCUGUAUGUGUUUUUUUUUUGUACCUAUGAAUAAACGUUUUAAAUUGUA